AUGACUUGCUCUUCAAGAGAGAUUAUCCUCACAAGCUCCUCCGACUCCCCAGUCACAGCCUAUGAUCCUCUAACCGCCAACACUUUGGCUCGUUUUUCCGGCAGCCGAUCACCUCGACAAGGCCUCGCCCUCGCUGGAAAAAACCUCAUUGCUGCAUCCCACAUUUGCCCAAAUACUGCAUCCACUGGCUUCAUCAACCUCUACAACUGGUGGUCCUCCGCUUCCUUUCAAUGCAUCCAUGCCCCUGAACCCGUUGCCCCUAUUGUAGCGAUCCCUGAUGGAUCCUAUCUUUUCUCAGGUAGCCUUUCAGGCUUCAUUUACACCUUUUCGCUGCCUUCUGGUGAGCUUUAUCGCUCAUCUCAGGCUCAUACUCGACCAAUCUCCUGCUUAGUGAUCAAUGAGGAUAGUAGUUUGUUGAUAUCUGGAGGUGAUGAUGGCGUGAUAGCUGCAUUCUCAAUUCUUAAUUUACUGGAUGUUUCCUCAGAUGAACAUGGCACAUCUCAGAUUGCUCUUUAUCGGUUUUCUGCACACAGUUCAGCAGUCACAGGUAUUUCUUUGGGAUUAGGUGGUUGCAAUGCCUCUAUGGUUUCAACCUCGCUUGACGGCACAUGUAAGUUUUGGAGCAUUGCAGAUGGUGCUCAGCUUCAAACCAUCCAAUUCCAAUGCCCACUUUGGUGCGUUGCAGUGGAUCCUUAUAAUUUAGCUUAUGUUGGUGGAUCCGAUGGCCAAGUGCAUGCUAUCUCGAUAAAGAAUAGAAGGAGAAGGCAAGGGAUUCAAGUGGAGUCGUGGGAAGCAGAAUCGAACAUAGCAGUCGUGGCAUUAGCAAUGGUGAAUGGGAACAAGAAUUUGGUCUCGGCUUCUGAAGAGGGGAUUAUAAGGAUACGGGAUUUGGAGAGCAGAUCCAUUGUUCAGGUUUUUGGGCAUGAGAGGGGCGGCACAAUUAGUCAUCUCUUGGUGACUAAUGGGUUUGGCAAUGGCCGAACCAAAGACGAAGGAGUUAUACGCAAUGGAAUAAGCAGUCAGGGGUUCAGUGAGAAGGAGAUUAGCAGGAAGGUUAUAAAUGUGGAAGAAAUGGAAGAGUGGUUGGGUGUCGCGGUAAAAGACAGGAGGAGGGCCAUUGACAUGCUUGAGGUCGCUAUUGAAACUUACGAAAAGCUAUUAGGACUAUUACUCAAGGAGGCCAAGGGCGGUGGGGAUAAAGAGGAAUCCACAGACAUGGACUCUUCUAUGUAA